AUGAGUGGAUGGGAUGGUCCGGCGUGGCGACAUGAGGCGUGUGGACAGUCGGUCACGUGGCUGUGUGUCUCCCCAGUGUCCAUUGCGGCCACAGCCAUCUAUGCCUAUGCCUGGCUGGUCCCUCUCGGGCUCUGGGGCUUCCUCCUGUGGAGAAACAGCAAAGUGAUGAGCAUCGUCUCCUACUCGUUCCUGGAGAUCGUGUGUGUCUAUGGCUACUCGCUCUUCAUCUACAUCCCCACGGCGAUCCUGUGGAUCAUCCCCCAGAAGGCCGUGCGCUGGGUGCUGGUCAUGGUUGCCCUGGGCCUCUCGGGCUCCGUCCUGGUGAUGACGUUCUGGCCGGCGGUCCGGGACGAUAACCGGAGGGUUGCCGUCGCCACCAUCGUGACCAUCAUCGUGCUGCACACGCUCCUGUCUGUGGGCUGCUUGGCCUACUUCUUUGAUGCCCCGGAGCUAGAUUAUGCCCCCACGGUGAGCCCGGCCCCUUCUCCGAAGCAGAUGGCCACCACGGUCUAGGCCAUGUGAAGAGGCCCCCGGCUGGGCGAUGAGGACCGUCGGCUGUCUUGUUUCCUAAAUUAAGGCAUGACAGAAGAGCAAGAGACAGGGACAGGCGCCUGCAGACUCCCAGCUUCUGAAUGCUGCCGUGCCGGAGACCCGCUGGCUCUUCGGGACAUUCGAUGCUGCCCAGCCCUCGCCCCUCGCCCCACACCGGUGUAGGUUUUCUCUCCCUGCUCAGCCAUUCUUGGCAGCCGUGGCCGGGCCUGGGCUUCUGUCCUUCCUUUGGACGUCGAUCCUUCGUAGAUGUGUCCACGGCACCCGGAUGAUGGCUCAUUCUUCUGAGGCUCGGCAGUUCUUAGCGCCUCCCAUCACCCAUCCUCGCUGGCACCUCCAGAUCAGGGAGGAGGUGGGCCCACGAGGGCUCUGAGGAGCUCUCGCAGGGCUGGGAUUGGCCAGAUUGCUGCUCAUGACUCGAGCAGUGGUGCAAUAAAUACCUCCCAGAAUGUC